UGACUGAAAGCUUAUGGUUUUCAUGGCAGCAAACGAGAUUUUUAGUUUUCCUUGAAAAUAAUGAUUUAGAGUAGUCUUGUUUGUGUUUGUAUUUUUUUCUAUAGUUUUUAGCUGUAAAUUAUUUCACACAACAUGCCACGUUUCAUGCAGAUUUCGCAAUCUGUUUACUUUUUAGAGCUCUUAAGAUCCAACUUUUUAAAACGAACUAACACAUCGAAAGCGACUCUCAACUGAGCUUAAACUAAAAAUCUAUAAUCUCUUAUUAAAUCGUAGUUUCCAUUUUUUUCUAACCAGCGAUUAGAAAAAGCGAAGACCAAACAAAAAGAAAACGUUGUUAUAUGUUACUUAUAAAUCUCCACUAUUGUAAACAACUAUUGCCAACAAUGACAACUAUGACCUUUUGGUUGAUCAUUUGUGCGCUUAUUGGGUGUAUUCGAUGCGAAAUGAUGGAUUGGACCAAUUUGUCAGCGGAAGCAAUCAAAAGCCAUUUAAACCCGCAAAAUGACCCGCUCAUUAGUCUUGAAGUCAUGAAUGAAAUUAUGGGCGGAACAUUCUUAAUGGGAACAGACGCACCUGAUGCCAAUCAUGGCGAGAAUCCUUCGAGGACUAUCAACGUCCGGACGUUCCAUUUAGACCGAUAUCCUGUAACUAUUUCACAUUUCAAGAACUUCUUGCUGAGAAAGAAACGAUACAAACCUCAGUGUAUUUUAAAUGGAUACAGUUACGUGACAAAAGGUCUGGAGGCGAAGUACGUAGACCGAAAUUGUGUGGAACCGCAUCCGGAAAAUGAUCUCUACAACCGGGUUCCAGACGCUUCCUGGAAGUACCCAGAAGGCAAAGGUUCAGCCCUGGACGACAGACUGUUCCACCCCGUGACUCAUGUCUCCUAUGAGGAUGCACAGGCCUACUGUCUGUGGAAGAAGAAGCGACUGCCCACUGAGGCUGAGUGGGAAUUCGCUUCCAGAGGGGGACUGCAGGAGAAGAAGUUCCCAUGGGGUGGUAAGUUCAAAACGAACAGAUCCAAUCUAUGGCAGGGCGAGUAUCCUAACGGCGGCAAAGCAGAAGACGGUUUCAAUAUGACGUCACCUGUCAAUCAAUUCCCCGCCCAAAAUUCAUACGGGCUGUUUGACAUGUUGGGCAAUGUGUGGGAAUGGACGAAUGCUGUGUUUAAAGAUAGGGAGAGAAAACGAAGGGUGGAUGCACCGAGGCUGUUUGUUAUGAAGGGUGCUUCGUUCGUGGAUACUGUUAAGCGAAAAAUCACACAUGCUAAGGGUCAUUCUCACUCUGAAGGUCGACCAGCCGAACCAUCUUGCACGAGUUACUGCCCGAAUGGGAGCCGAAGCAAAGUUCACAGCCAACAACGUAGGGUUCAGAUGUGCGCUAUCGAACGAACAAGCACACGCAUUGCAAGUCAGAGUCCUUCCUGAUCACGUGGAACUGUGAUAAAUUUCUGAUACUUUCCGAGAGACGUUGUUUUGUCAAUUAAUCAGGACGGCGAUGUUUUUAACCUACUUAUUUGAAUUAUUUAUUGAUGCCAAUAAAAUUAAACAUUUGAAUUCA